AUGGGUCAAGCUUCGCAGAAGCAGCUUGGAUGGGGCGGCUUUGCUCAGUGUGGUUGCAUCCACAAUGGGCAAGAGGCAACUUUCCUUGAGGCGGACACGCUUACGGAUGGCUUGAGGAUACAGGAGGCGGUCGAGUUGGAAGCUGACUCCGACUUGAAAGACCGGCGAAGUCAGCUUGGCGUUUGGGCGCUCGCGCGGCGCAGGGUGUUCUCUGCGCAUCUGAAGACGAGCUUUGCCAACCACUACAACAUCCUGCGACAGGUGGGGGAAGGUACCUAUGGCUUGGUCUUCGAGGCCGAGACUAUUAAGGUCCUCCCUUCGGCAGGCGGCUCCCAGCCUUCCCAUCCUCGGAAAGUGGCUGUCAAGUGCUUCAAGAUUGCUGAGGCAAACUCCCGCGAUCCUUCCGGCAUGAGCGCUAAGGCCAUGCGUGAGAGCUUCGAAAAGGAGAGGGCCAUCCUCGCGAGGUCGGAGCACCCGCACAUUGUGAAGAUGUACGAGUGCUUCGAGGAGCGUCAUUCCCUCUGGGUCGUGCUCGAACUUUGCCGCGGCGGCGAGCUCUAUGAGUACAUUGCUGCUGUAGCAGGGCACCCAGCAUCUGAUGCCAUCGCCUGGUUCUGGGAGGCUCUCGUGCGACAGCUGUACAAGACCGGAGCCGCGCAGCCCGGCUGCAAUAUGCUUAGUGGGUGCCUCAAGCUUGCCGAUGAUCCGGCGAGGGUGGCAUACUCGGAGAAGAAGGGGCUGGCUGUAACCGCGGAGCUCUCCCUCCAUUUGCAGGCCUGUGAGAUGCUGGCGCACAACGCCAUCAUUUCUCCCGUACGGCGCGUGCGCACGCAGCUGAUGGCCACUGCCACGCAGGACACCUUCGAAACGACCUUGCGUGGCGGCAGCUACAACCGGCUGUUCGCUGGAAAGCCGGAGCUGUUGACCGACGAUGCAGCGGGUUACUACGCCCAGCUGUGCAAGCACGUCGGGAUGCGCGUCAACAGCACGACUGCCGAGUACCUCCUGCACAUGGCAAUGAUGGACGAAUCCGGAAGCCCUGUAGAAUGCUUGCCGCUGAUGUCGGAGGCCUUUCGCUUGGAUGCAGCGGCAGUUGCGCCAGACGCAGGAUUGGCGCUCACGUGCACGGCCUGCCGGCUCCUUGACCACCACGAGGAGCUAUUGUGCGGGUGGCCGGCAGGGUAA